CUUGGGAACUAGAGAAGAGCAGAAAAUCUUUACAGGACAAGACAUGUCACCACAGGAACUGUGAAUGAAUCAAUCUGAACAUCGUAAAUUUAAAAACUUUGGUGCUGAAGUACUGAUGAAUUGUAUUGUUGGAGAAUAUUUAGUGCAAAUUUAUCCUGACACUCUUGAGGAUGCAUGCUUUCCUCGAAAACCACACAUUUCCUGUUUCUGAUCUCAGUUCCUGUUUCAGAUAAACCUGUACUUUGAGACCAUGACCAAUUCCACCCUGGUGACCGAGUUCCUCCUGGAGGUUUUUGCAGAGACUUGGGAGCUAAGGCUCCUAUUCAGUGUUCUGUUCCUGCUGGUGUACCUGGGCAGCAUGUUAGGGAACUUGAUCAUUAUCAUUGUUACCACAGUUGACCAGGCCCUGAACACACCCAUGUACUACUUUCUCAGGAAUUUGUCCAUCUUAGACAUGUGCUAUGUUUCUGUCACUGUCCCCAAUGCAUGUGUCAACUCUCUCACUGGCCACAGGAAUAUUUCUGUGUUUGGCUGUGCAACACAGGUCUUUUUGGUCUUCUUUUGUGCAUGUGUAGAGAUUCUCUUUCUCACUGUCAUGGCCCAGGACCGCUAUGUGGCCAUCUGUAAGCCUCUCCUCUAUCCUGUGAUCAUGAACCACCAAUUCUGUGUUCAGAUGACACUGGCCUCCCUACUUAGCUGUCUUGUCCUUGCAAGUGUACACACUAUCGAAACAUUCCAGCUCUCCUUCUGUCACUCCAAUGCUGUCUCUCAGAUCUUCUGUGACAUCCCCUCUUUGUUGAGGAUUUCUUGCUCAGAUAACUUCAUAAACAAACUCUUGAUGCUUCUGACUGCCAUUGGGUUCAGUGGUAGCUGUUUUACAUUCAUUGCCAUAUCAUAUAUUCACAUAUUGUCAACCGUGUUGAAGGUUCCUGUCAAAGGAGAGCGAGGGAAGGCCUUUUCCACCUGUGUCCCUCACAUUAUUGUGGUGUCUAUGUUUUUUGGUUCUGGUGCCUAUGUGUAUCUAAGAUUUCCAGUAACCUCCCAAGCAGUUCAUGAGAUUGUUUUUUCUGUAUUUUAUACUGUUUUUCCACCAUUCUUAAAUCCAAUCAUCUACAGUCUUAGAAACAAACAGAUAAAAGAGGCUGUGAAGAAAGUAAUGUUAAAAUUUGUUUUUUCUUAGGAGAAGAUAAAACGUACUUCUAUUGAUCAGGGAUUUCAAGAGGAAGAGAACUGACUAAACACACACACACACACACACACACACACACACAAACACAUCACACACAUAUAUACACACAUAAAUAGACAAGAACACACCACAAAGCAUUUCCCUUUCAUUGAAGAAAUACUUUUGACAGAAUAGUUAACCCACUCUCUACACUUCCUAAGCCCUCCUCACCUGUCUUCCCAUUCAGAGUCAUCCUGUUUAUUUUCUCUCAUUAGAAAACAAAUAUACUAUUAAGGGUUAAUAAUAAAAUAACAUAAUAUAAGACAAAAAUUAGUGCAUCAAAAUAGCACAAAAUAAAAAAUUUGGAAAAUUGUUAUCAAUGGAAAAGAGCCCAUGGAAAAGUUGAGAAUCACAGAUGCCGCAGAGUAGAGUGAAAACAUGAUACUUGUUUUUCUACAUCUGAUUCAUUUUCCUAAUUGUCAUUUCAACAGCUAGGUUACCAAUAUGUGACCCUAGACAUAAUUUAACUUAAGACCAAUGUGCUGAUUCAAUUAUUUUACUGGGUCAACUGUAAUACAACUCCAAGUGGUUAUUACAAGAAUUUGGGUGAAUUGAAACAAUUGAAUUACGAAACAGUCCCACA